GAUCUUCUUCUUCCAUGGAUUCGGUUAUCAUUGAAGCAGAUGAGCGGGAGGCGUUGGCAUCGCUCGUCCCCGCUCAUCCGCUGCCUCCUCGUAAGACGCAUUCCUAUGUUGAGCAAUGUGAACAGAAGCCGCACCACCCGAUCCGCAAAUAUAGCCUUGAUGAGGGCUCUAGAUCUGUAACGUCGGAUUCUGAAGCUAUAUAUUUAGACUCCUCCGGCGAGUUCUCCACCGAAGGAGUAGUCAGCAUCAAUGGCAGAACCGGUGGCGAAAGAGGCAACAGGGAGGAUUACGGUUUUGUCACACCUCCAUCCAAACCAGCAUCACAGCUCGGUGGAAAUGAUGGUGGCAGGGAGGAUGGUAUCGAGUCCCUUCCGGAAUUCAUCAGCGCAGGAGGCGGCAUUGACGUAUUCAAAGUGCCGGUGCGUGCUGCGGUGAAUCCUGGACGGCCGCCAUGUCUUGAGCUCCGACCGCAUCCGUUAAGAGAGACACAGACGGGAAAGUUUCUCAGAAACAUUGCUUGCACAGAAAGUCAGCUAUGGGCGGGACAAGAGAACGGCGUGAGGUUCUGGAACUUGGAGGAAGCAUACGAGGUUGGUUGUGGCCUUGGUGGGCAGGUACGUCGAGGGGAUGAGGAUACAGCACCGUUUCAUGAAUCUGUUCCGACCUCGCCUGCCUUGUGUUUGAUGAUUGACCACGGCAAUAGGCUUGUGUGGACCGGCCACAAGGAUGGCAAAAUUAGAGCCUGGAAAAUGGAUCAGCCGAGUACGACUACUGCGGAUGAUUCAAAGCCUUUCAAGGAACGACUCUCGUGGCAAGCUCAUCGUGGUCCUGUGAAUUAUAUUGUCAUAAGCUCAUAUGGUGAUAUGUGGUCAUGUUCUGAUGGCGGAUUGAUAAAAAUAUGGACGUUGGAUUCUUUAGAGAAGUCUCUGGUGCUUAAGCCGGAGGAGAAGCAUAUGGCUGCAUUGUUAGUGGAGAGGUCUGGCAUUGACCUGAGGAGCCAAGUUACUGUCAAUGGUACAUGCAGCAUAUCUUCAUCAGAUGUCAAGUUUUUGUUAGUUGAUACAGUAAGAGCUAAAGUGUGGGCUGUGCAGCACCUAUCAUUCUCAAUCUGGGAUGCCCAGAAUAAAGAGCUUGUGAAAGUUUUUAAUAUUGAUGGCCAAGUCGAAAAUCGUGUGGACAUGCCACCAACGCAAGGUCAACAAGUUGAAGAAACGAAGUUCUUCUCUGCACCAAAAAAGGAAAAGUCGCAGGGGUUUCUGCAACGAUCGCGCCAUGCCAUAAUGGGAGCUGCAGGAGCUGUUCGUCGAGCAGCCACUAGAAGUACAGGAGCUUUUGCAGAAGACACUAGGAAAGUAGAAGCUAUUGCGAUAGCAGCAGAUGGAUCAAUUUGGACUGGAAGCAUGAAUGGCGUAAUUGCUCAGUGGGACGGAAAUGGAAACCGUUUGCGGGAGGUGAAUCAUCAUCAGCAGGCUGUUCUGUGCUUUUGCACUUUUGGUGAUCGAAUAUAUGUGGGUUAUGCAAGUGGUUACAUCCAGGUCUUGGAUCUUGGUGGAAAGCUAAUUGCAAGCUGGGUUUCACACAAUGAACCUGUGAUAAAGCUAGCAGCAGGUGGUGGUUUCAUUUUUAGCUUAGCAACUCAUGGUGGUGUAAGAGGAUGGUAUGUGACAUCUCCAGGACCUCUGGACAGCGUAAUCCGAACGGAACUCUCUCAAAAGGAAAUGUCCUAUGCUCGACAAGACAGUGUUAAAAUCUUGGUUGGUACCUGGAAUGUUGGUGAAGGGCGGGCCUCACGUGGGGCGCUUGUCUCUUGGUUGAGUUCUGCUGUUUCAGAUGUCGGCAUUGUUGCUAUUGGGUUGCAAGAGGUGGAUAUGGGGGCUGGUUUCCUAGCCAUGUCCACUGCUAAGGAAACGGUAGGGGUUGAAGGAAGUGCCGUGGGCCAAUGGUGGCUUGAUGCAAUUGGAAAUGCACUGGAUGAGAGAAAUACUUUUGAACGUAUGGGUUCAAGGCAGUUAGCAGGACUGCUAAUAUCUCUUUGGGUGAGGAAGAGUAUAAGAACACAUGUCGGAGAUCUUGAUGUCGCAGCAGUUCCAUGUGGCUUUGGCCGCGCCAUUGGCAACAAGGGAGGUGUGGGUUUGAGAAUCAGAGUUUAUGACAGAAUUAUGUGCUUUGUGAACUGUCACUUGGCUGCUCACCUGGAGGCAGUUACUCGGAGAAACGCGGAUUUUAAUCACAUAUAUCGGUCAAUGGUCUUCUCUAAAGGACAAAGUGUAUAUACUGCUGCAGCUGCUGGUGCGUCAACUUCUGCUCAAGCUCUAAAGAAUAACACUAAUACAAACAUCAGCAGUGAAGAGGAGAAGUCUGAUUUAGCAGCAGCAGAUCUGGUUGCAUUUUUCGGUGACUUCAAUUAUAGGUUGUUUGGUAUAACCUAUGAUGAAGCGAGAGACUUCAUUUCCCACCGGUCUUUUGAUUGGCUUAGAGAGAAAGACCAACUUAGGCAAGAGAUGAAUGAGGGAAAAGUGUUCCAAGGAAUGCGUGAGGCGUUAAUCACCUUCCCGCCAACUUACAAAUUUGAAAAGAAUAAACCAGGUCUUGGAGGGUAUGAUUCAGGGGAGAAAAAGCGAAUACCCGCAUGGUGUGACAGAGUUAUAUAUAGAGACAACCAAUCACUCACAUAUUCGGAGUGCAGUUUGCAGUGUCCUGUAGUUGCGGCUACUAUAAUGUAA